AUGAAUCAAGACUCGUCGCCGACUUACACCGUGACGGGGCUCCACUGGUUCGCGCUGUCCGCGACCAUCGCGCUGCUCUGCUGUAUCUGGUGGGUGCCGGAAAUCCCUAGCCUGUUCCCGCGGCGGGUGCAGAACUACACGUCCCCGCGAUAUCCGGUCUACGACGGCGCGGAUGACUGCCACGUCGCGGCGGCGGCGCCGCACCGACGGCCCUGGGGACCUGGCAGCUUCGUCCGCAACGUCAUGUGGAGCUGCCUGCGGUCGCUGCAGCCCGGCUUCGUGGUGCAGCUCAUCCGGCGGUUCGAGCUCGACCACACGCUGUGGGCGGUGCGGUACUACCACGGGCCGGGCACGAGCUCCGAGCGCAUCGCGCGUCUGAGCGCGGCCGGCUGGGCCGGGGCCAUCUGCGCGGAGAUGGCGCCGCUGGUCGUCCAGGCCGUGCUCAUCUACGUCGGGUCGACCGGGUUCGACCGCGGCGGGGACCUGCUGGUCCCGUUCUGGAUCGUCGGCCUGCUGCCCUCCGCGGUGACGGGGCUGAGCAUGAUGCUGGCGAGCCGCCUCCCGCGGUCCGCCUGGCGCGCCGCCUCCCUCGUCUUCUUCCUCUGCUUCCUCGCGCUGAGCGCCUCGCUGAUCGUCGCGGCCACCUUCACGGUGCGCGGGUACGGCGGGCUGCGGCACCGGGCGGCGUUCGGCAUCGUCAUGGCCGCGGCGUGGCUGCUGCACAUGGUGCUCUCCGUCGUCGUCGGCUUCCAGUGCAGCAAGGGCGUGCACUGCGUCGCGCUGCUGCUCACGGCGGCGCUGCGCGUCGCGCCGAUGAUCCUGCUGGCAGUCCCGCCGCGCGGCGGGCGCGGGCGCGGCAUGCCGUACCCGGGGAUCAACGCGCUGGCGUUUGCGAUCGCGGUCAGCGUGGUCGCGGGCGGGCUGGUGUUCGUGCUGGCGGCGGCGGCGUUGGUGCGCUGUCCGGUAUGGGACAGGCGGCACGUGUUGGUGCGGCGGCGGCGACGGAAUAGGCGCGAUCCGCGUCGGCGGCAGCGCGAGAAUGACCCGUACGGCGGAGGCGGAGGGGGUUCAACGGGUGGCGGCGAUGGGGGAGGCUGGAAUUUUGACGGCGGCGGUGACGGCGGUGAUGGCGGAGGACACGGUGGUGGUGGUGAUGGAGGUGGUGGCGACGGAGGAGGAGGAGGAGACGGAGGUGGUGGCGGAGGCGGAGGAGACGGAGGUGGGUGA